GGUGAGGUUAAAUGUGGAAUGCCUGUCAUUAGACAGCCAACACUUCCUGUCCCUUCAAAAUACGAGUUCAACCUUCGAACCAAUAGCUGCCUAUACCGUGCCAAGUCAGCAGAUGGCGAUGUGCGUCUUUCGGGCGAUGCUGCUCAUGUGACGUAAAUUCUAGUGGGCGGGACCAGAUGCUUCUUCAACAACAACAGCUAUCGUUGGUCAACUACCUCGAGGUCUGCUGGACGGAGAAAGAGGGUCUGUGGCUGACCAUUGUCGUGAAAGAAGAGAAGGAAGAGGUUGAUGUCACAGUGAAAAAAGAAGUAGAGGGAGAGACUGUUACAGUCAAAGAAGAGGAAUACGCGUUCAGAAUUAAAGACGAGGAGGAUGUAGCCAUGAAAGAGGCUACUGCAGUUCAUGGAGUGAAGAAGGAAGGGGAGAUUACUGUCACAUUGACAGAGGAGACCGGAUAUCUGAUUAACACUAGAGAGGGAGCUGACUCUCGCCAUGACAGCAGGAAGAGUCCUUCAGGGGAACCAGACCCAGAGACACCCAAACCACCGAGACAACACCACUGUUCUCAGUGUGGAAAGAGAUUUGCCAAGUUAGGGAGCCUGAAAAAACAUGAGAGAACACACACAGGAGAAAAGCCUCACCACUGCGCCCAAUGUGGAAAGAGUUUUAACGAUGUAGGGUAUUUAUUAAUACAUCAAAGAAUACACUGGAGAGAAGCAUUACUGCUGCUCAAAAUGUGGGACAACUUUUACCUGGUUAGGGAGCCUGAAAACGCAUGAGAGGGCACACACCGGAGAAAAGCCUUUCCAAUGUUCCUACUGUGGAAAGCGUUUUACCCAGGUAGCGGCCCUAAAUAAGCACAAGAGGACACACACAGGAGAGAAGCCCUUCCAAUGCUCUCUGUGUGGAAAGAGUUUUACUAAGUUAGGGGGCCUGUAUAGGCAUGAAAGGAUACAUACACAGGAGCAGAAGACAUACCACUGCUCUCAUUGUGAAAAUACAUUUUCCCAGUUAGAGGACCUGAAAUCACAUGAGAGACUAGAAAGGCUGUGUUCAGACUUAUGUUUUUGACUUGAGAAUUUGUGUUUUUGUUUAUGCCUUAUGAAAUCAAAUUGUAUAUUUGAAAGCUUGCUUGAAAAUAGGCAUAUUUUUGUAUUAUUGUUUUGGACAUGAUUAUAUAUAAAUUCAGAUGUAUUAAUUUUGUAUUAUGAUAUAUUGAAUACAAUAAUAAACCCCUUAGAUGUUCAUUUUAUGAUUUGGAUAUUUUAAAAUGUAAAUUAUUUAAGUGACAACUUGCACAGGGCUUGGCUAUUCUAAGCCAGAAGGUUGAUAGGCUCCUGUUCGUAUUUCUGUAGAUUGAGGCAGCUUGAUGUACAAGUACACCCCCUGGACAGGACGUUAGUUUAUACAAUUAUUAUAUAGAUUAAUGGUAUUUUGCAUUUAUUAAUUCUAAUCUUGAAAACCUCUUGAAUUGAAAAUAUGAUUUGGAUAUUGCUAAAUUAAUUUGAUUGGAUAAAUUGUUUGGAUGUUGAAAAAUGUAUUUGAUAAUGAUUUGGAUAUUUCUAAAUCUAAAUGGUUAAAUCAAUGAAUAAUGUGCAUUUCUUGUCAAUGUAUUUUAUUGAGUUAAUUUGUGUAUUAGUCGUCAAGCUAAAGGUGUAUGAAAAUGUGAUGUUGUUCUGAGAACAUUGAUAAGUUGUUGAAAUGAAUGUUCUCAUCAGUAUUAUUAUACCACGUCAGAAAAUUCUCACUCAUUUAAAGUCUGCACUAAUCAACA